AAAGUUUGUUUAUUUUAGCUAACGGUUAGCAUUAGUGUGCCUGAUUCCAACAUUGUUCUCAGCCAUUCACGAAAUAAAAAUGAAUUUUCCGACGAGAAGUAAAGUGCUGAACGCGGUUCCUCCUUACGGACACAUUAUUGCCAACGACAAAUGGAGAAACGCCUCACUUAUUCAACACUUAAUGGCUGGUGGAGUGAAAAUCCUGUUUGACAGUCAGCUGGAUGAAGCGGAUUUCUACCUGCCCAACAAAAGCUGCAUCCUGUACGUGUCCGAGUGUGACGUCAUCGCAGGCAGCGGCUACAAGAGGAAGCUGGUUCGCUACAGGAAUGCCAGCAGCAGUUUCCAGGAGCUGGUGUUGGUGGAGAACACCAGACUCAGCGAGCAGUACUUCGGCGCAGUGCAGAGGUUCGUGGUCUUUGACCUCGGUCUGAUGUUGUUACCUGUAAGUGGACAGGCAGAGGCCUCGCAGCUCAUCGCUCAGAUUGUUCAGAGUGAGAGCAGAGAAAACCCUUUCAAGAGGAGAACUUCAUCUCAGCUGGUGGAUCCACUGGUCCUGGCUUUGGUCCAGCAGAUCCCUGGAGUGGGCCAGGUCAAAGCCAGGGCUCUGCUACAGCACUUCACCAGCAUCCACCAGCUGUGUAACGCCACCCCAGUGGAGCUGGAACCCGUCGUCGGCCCGGCUGCUGCUCAGCACGUCCACAGCUUCUUCCACAAACCCACAGCGACUGGAACCUGAAGCUGCUCCUUAAAGCCUGGUGGUUCUAUGU